AUGCAGCCAGAUCUGCCUGGUCAAGAAGAUAUCCUGUCUGCACUGCCCACAGAGAGUCAAAACGGAUUGACCUCCUCUUUUGGCAAUAAGAAAACGCUCUUGGCCGACCUACUCGAGCAAGCAGCGCUGCCGAGCAUGCCAGAGGUCUACUCCCCUCUCCCAGACAGUUCCUGGUUUCGUCUCCUGAUCGUCGAACCGGGCGCUGCGGACGACCCCGUCACCUGCCGGCUCGUUCCCGUCCCGAUCAGCCGCGCCAAGGAGCUGAGAUACGACGCGCUGUCCUACGUAUGGGACUGGUGGGGGGUCUCGGGUGCGGACGGCCUCGGGGACCACGUCAAAGGCAUCCACAGCCAUGUCUUUUGCAACGGCGUGGACAUCGAGGUCAAGGCAAACAUCUGGGAGGCUCUCUACUACCUCAGGCGCAGCGAUGAGCCCUGCAUCCUGUGGGCAGACGCGUUCUGCAUUAACCAGGAUGACGACGGCGAGCGUGCCAUGCAGGUUGCCAUGAUGGGUCAGAUAUACAGCGCCGCCGCACGCACCCUUGUCUGGCUGGGAUCCAAAGACGAAGGUGCACGGGAGGCGUUUGAUCUGGUCUGCGGCAUCGUACGGGCCUGGGACGACCAGCUUCCGGCGAGCUACGAGGUCCACGGCGAAACCACCGGCUCGAGCGCCCUGGCCUGCGGGAUGGACUCGGCCAGCGCCGUGGGAAGCCUGACCGAGAAGGAUUUGCAGCAGCUGAUGAAGCUUUUCACCAACCCAUGGUUUUCCCGCCGCUGGGUGAUACAAGAGGUCGUCCGCUCGCAGUCGGCCGAUGUGGUCUGGGGCAGAUGCCGCAUCGCCUGGCAUUGGGUAGGUCUCUGCGCCGCCAUUCUCCGGACGCAGGAGGCUUCCCUGCUAAAUACUGGCGAGCGCUACUUCCGCCACAGCCGCUUCGCCGGCAUUUAUGGGGCAUACCUCAUUUUCCGGCUCUCGCGUCACGGCUCACCAGAUGGCAUGCCGUUUCGGCCCUCUUUCCUGCACCUCCUACGGCUCACGAGGGGCUUUGAAAGCUCCAAACCCGUGGACCAGUUCUUCGCCCUUCUCGGAAUAGCGACACAGGAGAAUUUGUCGGGAAAUAGCUCCUUUAUCACGCCAGACUACAGCAUGGACGAGGUUCAGCUGUGCAGGUUUGUCGCAGAGAGGUGGCUGGAGUCGAGAGACGCCAAGCUGCCGCUCAAGUUUCUGUCAGACGCCGGCGACAACUGGACCAAGAGAUACAAGAGGUCCUGGAGGCUCAGGAAAUUCAACAUGCAGGGUCCGGCGGCAGCAGGGCCAUGUCCGUCCUGGGUGCCCAGGUGGAAAGAUCGCGAGACUGGGAUGCUCGGCCACUGGACCAUAGGAGACGACUCGCAGCCCGAGGGGGCCCUGCCCUUCCAGCGAUACGAGACGGCGUCACCCGACUGCCUCCAGGUCCGUGGGAUGGAACUGUCCACAAUUGUGUGGUGCGGCCAAAGCAUCGACGACGUUGGCCAAUGGGUGCGGAAAAUGAUGUUUGGGAGCCUCUUUUGCGCUGGCGAGGAAGAUGAUCCCGGGCUCGACCGUGUCGGCUUCCUGGCGCGGACGCUGUGCGCCGGCCGGACCGCAUACGGCAGCAAGGUCAAGGAUGGCGGGGCCGCGCUCGCGCGGCAUCUCGUUGCCUACAUGCUGGCGAGCCCCGACGACGGCGACGAGGCGUCCCGCGCAUUGUGGAAGAAGCGGCAAUCCCAGCUGGGGCCGGAGGAGGGGGACGCGCGGGCGUUCGAGCAGCUUAGCGACGCCGUGUGCCGCGGCCGCAGCCUCUUCGUCACCUCGGGCGGGCACCUCGGGCUCUGCUCGAGGGCUGUCUGGGCCGGGGACUCGGUCUGCGUGCUGGGCGGCGCCAUCAUGCCCUUUGUCCUCCGGCCGCGCUCUCUCGGCGGCGGGGACGCGGGGACCGACGGGUUCACGCUCGUUGGGGAGUGCUACGUGGACGGCAUCAUGGAGAACGAAGCCGUGGAGGCGAUGCGGCGAGGGGGGACGCACCGCGGCCCGAUGGACGCGAGGAAGGUCAUGAUGGGGUUCUACAAGUUUCCAAAGCUGGACGACAAAGGCCGCGAAGAGAUGGCGGCUCUAAUCGACAAGACGCUGGAGCUGGCUGAUAAGAAGUACGAGAGACUGGAGGCGGCACCCAUCAGUAUUUACUAG